AAUCUGCACUGCAGGUGUGGGUUCAGCCGCUUCCUCUCGCGAUAUUUGGACAGUUGGACAGGACGCAAACAGGAACCGGGACAUGGCGUCAGUGUUCGGUGGAGUAGAAGGUGGAGGGACCCACUCGAAGGCAGUUCUGGUGUCAGGAGAUGGGAGGAUCCUGGCAGAGACAGAGGGACCGUCCACCAACCACUGGUUGGUGGGGGUGGACAAAUGUAUUGAAACCAUCAAUGACAUGGUCCAGAGAGCCAAGGUGGAGGCCGGACUGGAUCCAAACACACCACUGUGCUCACUGGGCAUGUCUCUGAGUGGAGGGGAGCAGAAGGACGCCAUCGACAAACUGAUCGCUCUCAUGAAGGAACGCUACCCCGGUCUCAGCCAGCACUACUUCAUCACCACUGAUGCCAUCGGCGCCAUGGCAACCGCUAGCGAUCGUGGAGGUGUAGUGCUGAUAUCAGGGACCGGCUCCAACUGCAAGUUAGUAAAUCCUGAUGGCUCGCAGAUCGGCUGCGGAGGCUGGGGUCACAUGAUGGGUGAUGAAGGAUCCGCGUUCUGGAUCGCUCAUUUGGCGGUGAAGACGGUGUUUGAUGCCAAAGACUGCCUGGUCGCUCCUCCUCAUGACAUCACCCAUGUCACAAAAGCCAUGGAGGAAUAUUUCCAGGUGUCAGAUCUGAUGGGCAUGCUGCCGCACCUCUACAGAAACUUCCAGAAGUCCCACUUUGCUGGUUUCUGCAAGAAGCUGGCUGAAGGUGCGGUGGCCGGGGACGCUCUGUGUCAGUAUGUUUUCACUCAGGCUGGGAGAGUCCUGGGAAAACAUGUGGAAGCUGUGUUACCUGCAGCACAAGAGCCUCUGUUGACGGGUGACCUCGGCCUGCCCAUCCUGUGUGUGGGUUCGGUGUGGAAGAGCUCGGAGCUUCUGAAGCCAGGGUUCACAGAGGUCCUCGAUAAACUCGCAUCGUCUGAGCACUUCAAGGGCCGUUUCCGUGGAUACAGCCUCCUGAGUUUGAAGCAGUCCUCGGCUCUCGGCGGCGCCAGUCUUGGAGCUCAGAGUUUAGGCGCCACGCUGACCAUGGAUUACGCAGCCAAUGCCGACGUUUUCUACAGACACACCUUCAGCAGCAGCCAAUGAGAGUGCAGGGGAGGAGAAUGUACCGACCAGUUUGUACUGAUUAGCAUUAUUGCUAAUAACGCUAGUGAUAAUUACGAUGAUGACUGUAACAACGUUGUAGCAUCUCAUGAUACAAGUGGUUGAAAAUAUUCCAGAAUGUGAUUCAUUCAUUUUGUAAUAAUGCCAAAUCUUUGCACCUUUGUUUCCAUUUGACUCGUGUACUAAAACACAGCGUUGAUUUUAAAACAAACUCAGGGUUGCACAUAAACUCUGAAGAUAAUUCAAGUUCCUUAAAAAGAAAUCAGCACUUCGUUCAUUGUUUUGCAGGCUUUCUGUACUUGUUUUUCACCACCAGAUGGUGCUGUUUGACUGCCUUUUUACCUGGGCCCACACGUGCUGAGCUAUUCCUGAAUGUGUCUUUAUUCACAAUCAUUUGCUUUUGUAAGACACAUUUUUUCUUACUGAUCGUUCAGAUUUAUAAUAAAUAUGAUUCAUUACUUUGUAGGAGUCAGUGGAUUUCAUAACUUUGUGUCUAACAGAGGAGAACUGGAGAAAAGGUGAAAGGCUGCUUCACAGGUUUUCUCAGUGUAACAUGAAAAAGUAAAAGCUUGACCCAUGUCACAUUGCUCCAGAGGCUUGUCUACUGCUUCACAGCGCUUCUGCUUUGUUUGCACAUAACAGGAGUCACCACUGAAACAAUGCAGAGGGAGCAGCGGUAAUAGAAUAAUUAUCAACUGGUUAAACAAAGUUUGAUUAAAAACAGCACAACUCACACACAUGCUGUGUAUGGCAGCUCACAGCUCUGUCGAUGUCUCCAACUGUGAUUUUCAUGUACACACAUUAUUUAUACAAAUUAUAUUUUGUGAAGUACUUUUCUUAAGCACGGUAUUAAAACUUGGGGUUCUCACAG